AUGGGUGAAGCAGCAGAAAUACAAGUAGGGGAGGUGGAAAAAAUUGCGACACCUACGAUUCGACGUAAACCUGUGCCCACAUCGCUGCCACCUCGAGUUCCUAAUAAAACCGAAAGUCUCCUGAACCGAUGGAAGAACCUCUCGCGCAGAGUUCGCAUCCUUGUCCUGGUUGCUGUCCUCGCCAUCAUUGCGCUUAUCAUUGGACUUGCAGCAGGUCUCUCGACGCGCAAGCACAAGCAGAACCUACCAUUGCCUUUGGGAAAUGGUGGUCCCUACACUGGAGAUCUGACAUACUAUGAGCCGGGUCUGGGAGCAUGCGGACUUACGUCCGAUGACAAUGACAAGAUUGUGGCCAUCUCACACAUUGUUUUUGAUGCAGUCAGUGUUGGCAGCAACCCAAAUGCAAACCCAUUGUGUGGCAAGAAGAUCAGGGCGCGCAAGGACAACAAGAGUGUUGAUCUGACGGUGGUAGACAGGUGCACGGGCUGUCAGCCAAUGGACAUCGAUGUCACCAUCAACACUUUUGCUGAUUUGGCCGACGUCGACCUUGGUAGAGUAUUGGUGGAAUGGAAUUGGUUGGAAAAUGUUCCUGCUGGAGCCCAGUCCUGA